CCGCCCGCCCGCAGGUGGUUCUGCCACGUGGACGAUGACAACUACGUGAACGUGUGGGCCCUGCUGCGCCUGCUGGCCAGCUACCCGCACACCCAGGACGUGUACAUCGGCAAGCCCAGCCUGGACCGGCCCAUCCAGGCCACCGAGAGGGUCAGCGAGAACAAGAUGGGUGCUAGCACCCAGGGCAGGGGCCGUGGGCAAGACCCCUUGUGGCACCAGCAGCUCCUGCCCGAGCAGGUGACCCUGAGCUACGGCACCUUCGAGAACAAGCGGAACUCGGUCCACAUCAAGGGACCCUUCUCCGUGGAGGCGGACCCUUCCCGGUUCCGCUCCAUCCACUGCCGCCUGUACCCCGACACGCCCUGGUGUCCCCGCACCGCCGUCUUCUAGCCGCCGCGGCUGAGACCCCGUCCCCGGGCCCCCUGGUAUCCAAAGGGCCUGGGGACCCCUGUUGGGCCGCCCUGGCCUUGGCAUUUGAGGCUGCCAGGGCUGUGCCUCCGUGAGUGUACUGUGCGC